GCUGGACCAUUAACUAAAGUGACGAUUUGUAAGGACAAAGAAGGAAAACCUAAGUCUUUUGGAUUUGUCUGCUUUAAGCACAAAGAAUCAGUGCCUUAUGCAGUAGCUUUGCUGAAUGGAAUCCGUUUGUAUGGAAGACCAAUUAAAGUGCAGUAUCGGUUUGGGAGCUCUCACUCAUCAGAACUAAACAGCCCUACCCAUGGUUUUGAGAACUAUAUUGACUUAUAUUCACCUUCAUAUAGGUAUCAAGAGCCUUAUGGAAAUCCUCCAUUUCCUGUUACUCCUUUUCCAAUGAACAAUAGUUUACCUCAUGAAUACUCAGGCUUUCAAAAGAUGACUCUGGCGCACUGGGCCACUCUUGUCCUAAUCAAUUUUGUCCGAGAUAUUCCACAAAGCAAGGGAAGUGGUCUCUCCAGAUGGCAACCUGUGGGCCGAACACAAACUCAACAAAAACAUCAUGGAGCUUCUGAAUAUGAUGAGUAUGGAUCAAUGAACCAUUUUUUAGCACAGCAGUACACAGUACAGAGUCCAGUGGGUCAACAAUUUCCUUACUAUCAGAUGACUCCACCACUGCCUUCAAAUUUGUCUUUUUCUCCCUAUCAGAAGCAAGCUGCAAAUUUAAAGUCUACACAGAGUUCUUUUGAAUUGGCCCUGCCAUGUUCAAGUUACUGUGAAGUGCACCAGGUGGAUGAAAGCACCUCUAAAAGAAAGAGAGAACAGCAAAGCUGUGACAGUGACACUAGUAUUGAGGAUGACAAAAUGAGACAAAAAGAACGUGACCAAAAAUACAAGAAGCGCAAAGCCAAGAAAAAGAUGCAUUAA